UGAAUGUAUUCUUCUUGGUAUAUAACUCGCUAUUUUGCUUUAGUAGAGAUAAAUAUAUGUUUCGGUAUUAAUUUUAGUAUGGAAACUAAAACAUAUUUGUCGAUAUAUUAAAGAAUUAUAUAUUCGUUAAGUAAAAUAUUGCAGAUAUGUCAUUAACAUCUCGAUUAUUUUUACAAUAUUCAUAUCGAUUAAGAUGGCAAAAACAAUAUAGUACAUUGGCAAAUAUAUUUCCCAAAGAUACAGCAGAUGAACAAUUUCAUAAUUUUCGUACAAUAGAAUCAAAUCCUGUAAAUCAUAAUGAACAACAUUUGAAUAGGAUAUACACAAUACCAAAGGAUACAUUCAAGACACUUUUUCAAAAUGUUGGAAUUCCAAAAGACUUUUUAACUCUGUCUACUGCUUUUAAUGAAUGUUCUAUAUUAAUUAGAAGUCCUGCAUUAGAAGUAAUAUCAUAUCUUGAACAAGCAGAUUAUAAUAGACCUAUAAACAAAUAUGUAUUAUAUGGAAAAUUUGGUACAGGAAAAUCAGUAACAUUAAUGCACAUAUUACAUUAUGCUUUUAUAAAGCAGAUGAUAAUAAUACAUGUACCUUCUCCUAACAUUUGGUUUCGAUUUCCAAAAGAAAUUACGAAUUCGUAUAAAGAUCCAGGUAUCUUAGACUUACCAGUUGAGGCAGGGAAAUGGUUAUUAUAUUUUAGAAAUCAGAAUAGUAAUCUUUUAUCAAAACUCGAUCUUAGAAUAUCGAAAGAUUAUCAAUGGAAUAUAAGAGAGAAAGCAUCUAGUGGUUCUCCAUUGUUAGAAAUGAUAGAGUUUGGUAUAAACAGAAUAAGAUAUGCAUCCAGUGUAAUAGACGCAUUAUUGAUGGAAUUAAAAGAAGCUAGCAUUGCAGGAAAGUGUAAAGUUUUAGCAGCUGUAGAUGGUUAUAAUGCAUUUUGGUCAGAUCAUACCAAAAUACGUAAUGAUGAUAAAGUAUGGGUCAAUCCACGACAAAUAUCAUUAACUUUAUCAUUUCUAAAUUUUAUAAAAGAUGAUUGGUGCAAUGGAGCUGCUGUGUUAACAGUAGAUACUAAAGCAAGCAAGGAAAGAAGAGAAUAUGACCAUCCUAGAUACUUGCUUGGUAAGGAUGGCUUUGAUUGUUUAGAUCCUUUUAUACCUAUUUUAUUAGAAAAUUACACUAGAGUUGAAUUUGAUUCUGUAAUGGAAUAUUACAAGGAGCGAAAAUGGAUUAGGGAUAUUAAUGCAGAUGGAUUAGCAGAAAUAUGGGCAUUGAGUAUUGGUCAUCCUCUUGAAAUAAGACAAAUUUGUAAAUCUUUAUAAAAAUAUUCUAAAUAAAGUAAAACGAAGAAUU